AUGCUUUUAUGCGAAGAUUUAGCGAUUAAAAUAGUAUUUUCAAUACUUUUCCUGUCUUCGACAGGCAACGACAAUAAGUCGAUGAACGCCGAACAUGGGUUCGUGAGUUCCUUCGCCACAAAUAACAACAUUGUGAGCGAUGUUAACCAAGGACAAAGCAAGCUACAAAAAUCCAUCACUGAUAGCUUUGCUGAAAGUUGUCCUUUUUAUGUAAACACUUCAAAGCAGUGUUUUUCAACUUUAAAGAAGAACAACAGUUCACUUGAACUUUACAAUCUGACAGAGCAAGCAAAGAAACUGAAUCUAACUGCCGAACGGGAAAAUCUACGGCUUUUCGGUAAGUCGAAAAACUUUUUUUGCAAAACUUUUUUUGUUUCUUUUUUCGACAAACAAAGUUGUUUUGUUUUUCAGAUUUUUCAUAGAGAAUCGUUUCAUUGAAGUUUUUUGAGUUUUGCCUACACGUUGUUUUUAUUAUAGACAUGUUUCUGGCUUUUCCUUUAUAAACUUUUACAAUUUUUUUGGUGUUUUUUAUUAAAGCAAAAUGAAUUCUUCAAACCAAUUAACCAACUGGCAACUUUUACCUAAAUCUGAGUUUUAUCUAAAAACAAAUCAACAUUCUGCUCACGUUUAAGACAUAUUUAUUAAUUUAAUAGUCAAUCAAAUAGCUUUCAUCACAAAUAUGAAUAUUUUGGCAUAUUAACAAUGCCAUUUCUUCUAUAUAUUUUAGCUGAAACAUCAAGCGAGAAUAACCAAACCGGCUUUGGCUCAAAAGUACAGGCAUUCUUUAAGGGUAAGACUAAAUCUUUAAUUUAACAUAUCCUUUGGACCAUAAUCUUAACGGUGAACUAUAUAUCUAAAAUUUCUAUUUUGAAAUCGACUUUUUCUUUUGUCUUUUUAGAAAGUAUCAAUUACAUAAUUCGCCUGACUGAAAGCCAGAAAUUUUUCAUUGGCGUAAGCUACCUUCUUGCUCUCUGGAAAUUCCAUGGAGCUAGACUCCGGUAAGAUAUACUGAAUUGGUAAAUAAAACUAAACUAACGUUUUUUCCCUCAGAUAGCUCUAUCAGGUCUAAACUAUUCUCCGUAUGGGUUAAGUGAGGGCCACACCCAAGAGGAAACCAGGGUACCUGGAAACAUCCUGUGGGGUUUGGCACUCUUCUUGUAUGCGACGAAAUUUGAUAAGCCAACUGCAUAUUGUAUGAAUUGAACCUCUGUCUCAGAAGUGAAAGGGCAUAUGCACUAAUUAUUUUCUUUCUGCUAUUCCUACAGACCGAUCAUCUUCAAAGUUAUCUGCAAAUUGUUUGGUAAACCUAAAAGAGCAAUACUUCGAAAGAUCUCCACAAAUCCAUCUGAGAAAACCAUCCAUGUCCAGAAUGACAUAGCACGUGAUGAGCAUGUGAACACUGACGAUUUAACUACCGACUCAUCAUGCGAUGAAAAAACAACCGACUCAUGUGAUAGUCACGUGGAGAGCGAUGAAGAGUCCACUGACUUAUCGGGUGGAGAACACGUGGACACUGACUACGACAGCGUUACAGCCAGUAGCAGUGUUGAUGAUCUACAAACAGCCACACCCAACAACCAGACCAUUCCACCCACUACCAUCCCACCACAGUUGAACCACUCUCUCAGUUUCAACAGUUCGGACAGUUUAUUCGAGGAGAGCUGUGAUGAAGAUUUCCCAGACGAAUUCUUCGUAUUUCCAAGCGACUGUGGUAACUUCGGAUUGAUACUGGGUGACGAGGACUGGGAAAAAAUAGAACUUGACUCAAGUCAGGAGACUUUGACUUCGGAUGAUGGUGGUACUGCUAGUACCGGUAUAGAGUACGGGCAGAGUUAUGAUGUGGCCUGUGAUGUAGACAGCAGAGCUUCUUCUCACAGUUCUUGUCAUAGCUCGGUUCCUAAGGAGGUGGUUUCCUGCUUGAGUUGUAGUUCUGACGGAGACCCAGUCACCGUGGCAACAACAAGUGGUUGUGAUGACCGGAUUGAAGAAAGUCAUCAAGAGAAUGGUGAUAUGAACUGUGGUAACCAUGGUAAUGGUGACCAAUGGAUUCUGGAAUGUCGUGACAGAAACAACCAUAUACCAUCUAAUAGUUAUACCAGCAAUGUCAAUCAUGGUGAUGAUUCGACCGACAGCAGCUUGUACGAUUGUGAUCUGACCAGUGAAGGUUUAUACGAGGAUAGCUUGGAGCUCUACCCAGGUUUGUGUAAACAUUGCUUAACCACAUUAUCCCACCGCCACACAAUCCCUAACCAACCGAUCGCCAGAUCGACAGACACGCGCCAGACCACCUGAUUACCUACCCAACUAAGUAACUAAAUACUAACUUACUAACAAAAUAUACUAAAUAGAACGUGCCCUUAUUAACUCUAAUCAGUUAUUCUCAUUUCAUGAAGGUGAAUAUGCUGAACAUGGAAUCAGUUUGCAGCGAUCAGAAUCUGAAAGUGACAUUCGUAUUGAAGUUUACAACAACAUUGAACCAGAAAAUCUGCCAGCUGGUGAUAUCAAUAGAUGGCUGUGUACCAGCAAUGUCAAUUAUGGUGAUGAAUCGACCAGCAGCAGCUUGUACGAUUGUGAUCUGAGCAGUGAAGGUUUAUACGAGGAUAGCUUGGAGCUCUACCCAGGUUUGUGUUAAGUUGUAAACAUUGCUUAACCAUAUUAUCCCACCGCCACACAAUCCCUAACCCACCGAUCGCCAGACCACGCAACUGACAGACCACCUGAUUACCUACCCAACUAAGUAACUAAAUAUACAAACUUACUAACAAAAUAUACUAAAUAGAACGUGCCCUUAUUAACUCUAAUCAGUUAUUCUCAUUUCAUGAAGGUGAAUAUGCUGAACAUGGAAUCAGUUUGCAGCGAUCAGAAUCUGAAAGUGACAUUCGUAUUGAAGUUUACAACAACAUUGAACCAGAAAAUCUGCCAGCUAGUGAUAUCAAUAGAUGGCUGUCAGCCGACAAUGAAAAUUAA